AUGCCCGAACUGUGGAGGCAACCACCAUGCGUGGAACCUCAGAUGAAACUGCACAACUGGAGUAAUCCUCCCACACGCAAACCGACUCCUCUCCACAACUCUACUGCUCUAAGCGCAGUUGGCGCUCUCCAACCACCUAGUUCACCACAACUCAGCACUCCUCAGACAUCUGUCAGACCUGUUCAGCCAAUUCCGGCCACACUUCAAGGUGCUACCUCCGCAAUGACAUCUCCCACCCCACAUGACUCUGCCAUCAGCAAGUUCUUGGCGAAUACGAUCCAGCUUGGCCUCCUAGCUCUAGGCAGAUCAGUGGACCCUUCUAUACUCCAGCUCCUGACACCUCCAGCUCUACCUCUCAUGACAAUCACAAAGAAUCUGCCAACUACCAACUUUCAGCCCACACACCGUCAACAUAUCCCACAAAUGGAUAGUACUACAGUUCUUUCAACGUCUUCACCCUUACGCAUCCUACAAUGGAACAUUCUUGGAUUAAAAGCCAAUCUUGCCACCCUUCUAACAGCCAACGCAGAGGAUCCUUUUGACAUCCUUGUUCUACAAGAAACCCUACUCUCUGAAACAAGCACAUGUAAUAUCAAGAAUUACAAUGCUUUUCACUCUUACUAUAUGCCUGGACAAAACAGGGGUAUAUCCAUAUUUACCAAGAACUCCCUCCACACUCAGCUGAUUACACCUGCACCAGAAUGUGGAGCCCGUAUCGAAUGUCUUGGCAUUCAGAUCUCUUUAAACGAAUCCAACUUAUGUCAAUAUAUACCGGCCCCACAUCCUACCUGCGAAUUAGAGAUGGAUGAACUGUUCAGAUUAGCUGCACAUGAACCGACCAUCAUACUAGGCGACUUCAAUGCUCACCACCCAAACUGGAAUGACCCCACCACCUCCUCAGCUUACAAAACAAAUGAUGCAGGGCUACACAUCAAGCUCCUUCUAGAUUCCUUCCCAGAUGUUUCCCUUUUGAACUCCAAACAAGCUACGCACACCAAAGGAGGAGUCUUAGACUUGACCAUCCUCUCCAACUCUUUACUACCACGCCUACCACUUCCUCCACCUGUCACAAGAUGGAACCUAAAAAAAGCUAACUGGGCGCACUUCACUAAGCUCUUAGAGGACUGGGCAGAGAGAUACACUCCUGCAAAUAACCUUCACCAAUUAGAGCAGGAUUUUAUUGAUGCUAUUAAGGCAGCAGCAGAUAUCUCAAUACCCAAAAUAAAUCACACAUAUCAUGCGCAUAAGGACAGUUGGUAUUACAAUACACGAGUCCGGGAAUUAAAGCGCAGACUGCGCUUGUUCAGAAACCUCCUUAAAAAAACCAACUCCCCAGAUAUCCAUGAAUCCUUCAAAACCCUAAGGAGGUUAGUUAAUCAAGAGCUCCUCGAUAUCAGAAACAAAGCCUGGCUCACUUGGUGUGAAAACAUCUCUGCCCACACACCUCUCCGAGAAUUAUGGGGUAAACUCCGUGCAGCAUCUGGAGCAAAAACACUGAAGUCCUCCAUACACCCAGAGCCUCUCCAAGAAGCCAAUAGAUUAGGUGCAACAUUUGCAGAAAGAUGCGCUUCAGCUCAACUGCCACCCAACAUCUCUAGAAAAUUACAACAACUCCAGACAAUACGUCAACAGACAAUCACAACGGCCAUUAAUACUAACGCUACAAGCGAUGCUCCUUUCACCAAACAAGAAUUAUCACAGGCCAUUGUCAACAAAAGAGACACUGCACCUGGAGAGGACAAAGUCCCCUACUCAUUCCUUAGCCAUUUAGGCCCCAAAUGCAAAAGUACAUUACUCAAAAUUUUUAAUAAAUCAUUACAAGAUGGCACAUUACCAAGGAAUUGGAAGCAAGCUAUAAUUCAGCCCAUUCCCAAGAAAGAAUCAAACUCCUUCAGGCCAAUCUCCCUCCUGUCUUGUAAAGGUGCAGGCACAGGAGACAACAUCAUCACUCUCCUUUCCCUUCUAGAUGGAAAGGACAGUAUUGUAGUAUUUCUGGACCUCGAAAAAGCUUUUGAACUCGCCAACAAAGAUGCCAUCCUUUCUUCAUUAGCAGAGAAAGGCCUGAAGGGUAAACUCCUCUGCUGGCUACAGGACUACCUGACCGACAGGAUUGCUAAAAUCAGAUUCCAGGGUCAUCUGUCCAACUCUUACAACUUUGAGAAUGGAACCCCUCAGGGAGGUCUCCUAAGUCCAUUCCUUUUCAACAUCCUGGUUUCCAACCUAAUGACAAUUCAAUUCCCAGCAAAUGUACACUUGUUAGCAUAUGCUGAUGACAUACAACUCGUGGCCACAGGUCCAAACCGACAUAUCAAUGCCCAAUCAGCACUUGACGCAAUUGAAGCAAAAAGCAAAGAACUGGGACUCAAAGUUAACCCCGACAAAUCUAAAGCACUCCAGGUAAACAGGAUAGUUGCAUAUCACCAACUCUAUAUUGGCAACAUACCACUUGAGUGGGUCCCAUCCUAUAAAUGCCUCGGCAUCUUCUUCAACUCUGAACUUUCAGCUACCACACACCUUCGUUUCCUAUUAAGAAGCACACAGUCCCGCUUAAAUGUUCUACGAAGACUCACAUCCUCCAAAUUAGGCGCUGGGUUCAAGGUAUUACGCCUCUUCUACACACAUGCCAUAAGAUCCUUAGUUGAUUACAGCGCACCAGCACUCCUGACUUUAAAACCUGAUCAACUAGCUUCCCUGGAAACAAUACAGAACCGAGCCAUGAGGACCAUCCUUGCUGCACCUACAUGGACAAGGCUUGCCAAUCUUCGAGUAGAAACAUAUUUAACAUCUCUCCAUAAUAGGACUCAGCAACUGUCCGUUAGUCUCUGCUCGAAAAUUAUAACAUCAACAAGACCUUCCCCCUUGAAGUCAAUCAACCAUCUACUCAACAACCAAGAACUAUGCCACAGUGCAAGAUGGCACGGCCAGUUAGUAAAGGCAUUCCACUCCUUAAACACCCUUCCAAUAUUAACCGCAAGAGGCAUAGAUAGUGUGCACCCACACUAUCAACCUAAUCCACCAUGGAGAGACUGGGAAGCAAAUAUCCGAACCGAUACCAUUCCCACCAAGAAAGCUCUCUGCACUCCGGCCAUGAUUGCUCAACUGGAGGCAAAUUCACUCAGACAACCAGAAGCUCUCUUACUAUUCACUGACGGCUCGGUCGAUCAAACAAAUGGCAAAGCAGGAGCAGCCUUUAUUACCAACGGAACCAGUGUUGCACGUCGAGUCUCAAAUGGAGCUUCCACUCUACAAACAGAAUUAUAUGCCAUCAAAAUGGCACUAAAAUAUGCACUGUAUCAAACACAUUCAACCAUCCACAUAUUCACAGACUCCCUCUCAGCCUUACAGGUUCUAAGGAGAACCCAAGCCACAGACAACUUAAGGCUUAUCUCAACAGUCCUGUUCCAUAUACGACAACUAAAAGAACAGGAGAAAAUCCUAACUUUCUGGUGGAUACCAAGCCAUGUCAAUAUCACAGGCAACGAUUUAGCUGACACUGCUGCUAAAAACAGCCUCAAGAACCUCUUAGUCACAGGCCACAUUCCUCCAAGCCUCAGCCAGCUGAAGAAACUUCGCUUGGGUUACCGCUGCAAUUGGGAGAUUGACAUGCGGGUUCCCAAGCCUUGUACAUUGUGCGACACAAUCACUCAAGAACCCCUGAUACACUACGUACUAGACUGCCCAAGCAUCCAACAUCUCCGACCCAGGAAAUUCCACAGCAACAACCGACAAGAUGAAAGCCACUUUGCAUCUACAGCUGCCAGAUGCCUAGUGGAAAUGCUCAGUCUCCCAGACUCACUAUUAGUCUUCACCAGAGACCCUCCUCCUAGAUGA